CGUUGUCGUUGUGGUUCGUUCGCCUCGUUUCAUCAGUCAAUAAAUCGCCGAUAUUUGACAAAAUCGUCAAGAUUUAACACAAUUUAUUGUCACAUUCAACUUAUACUAUCAUGUCUGGUGACGAUUCGCUCGACCAAAAGCCCAACAUCCAAGAACCGGAGCACUUUCGUAAGCUGUUCAUCGGUGGACUUGACUAUCGCACCACCGAUGACUCGCUGAAGAAGCAUUUCGAGCAAUGGGGCGAGAUUGUCGACGUCGUGGUGAUGAAGGAUCCGAAAACAAAGCGGUCGCGCGGUUUUGGUUUCAUUACCUAUUCGCGCGCACACAUGGUGGACGACGCGCAGAUUGCGCGACCGCAUCGUGUGGAUGGCCGCGUGGUGGAACCCAAGCGUGCGGUGCCGCGCCAAGAAAUUGGCCGGCCGGAAGCGGGCGCGACGGUUAAGAAGCUCUUUGUUGGAGGAUUGAAAGAUGAUGUUGAAGAGGAGCACUUGCGCGAGAAUUUCAAACAGUACGGGAAUAUUUUAUCCUGUACCAUUGUCACCGACAAGGAGACCGGUAAAAAACGCGGAUUCGGUUUUAUCGAAUUCGAGGAUUAUGAUUCCGUUGAUAAAAUAUGCUUGAAACGCUCGCAUGAAAUCAACGGUAAACAUGUUGAUGUGAAGAAAGCUUUGAGUAAGGCUGAGAUGGAACGCGCCCAAGGUUCGGGUGGUAAUAUGGGCGGUGGCGGAGGAGGCGGCGGUGGUGGCCGUGGUGGUGGUUCCCGUGGAGGCCCCCGCGGUAACUACAACAAUGGCGGUGGCAAUUGGAGUAACCGCGGUGGUGGUGGCCCAGGCAGCGAUUGGAACAUGGGCAACCAAGGAUACAACUCCGGCGGUGGCGGAGGAGGAGGCGGCUGGAACAAUGGCGGGCCUGGUCCCUGGGACAAUCAGAACAGCUGGGGUAAUUCCGGAGGUGGCGGCGGAGGCGGAGGUGGUGGACCCAACAGCUACGGCAAUGGUAACAGCAACUGGGGCCCACCGAACGAAGGAUUCGGCGGUGGUUAUCAGCAGAACUACAAUUCAAGCGGCGGCGCAAUGCGUAACAACUUCCAGUCGAAUCGGCCAGCACCAUAUGGUAAUUUUAGAAAAGGUCUAGAAAGAACACAUCUAGCGUUUAUCCUAAACAUUAUUUAAUUAUUUUUGUGUCUUUUUUCCCCCACGACAGGCAAUAAUCAAGGCGGUGGUGGUGGCGGAGGCUAUGGCGGUGGCGGCUACAAUCAAAACGGAGGCAAUAUGGGCGGUGGCGGCGGUCGUCGCUUCUAAAUAAUUUAACCGACGUAAGUUCACCGCGCACACAGAACUGAAACGAGAAAAAUAAGAAAUUUAACACUCAUAUAUGAAAAAAAUAAUAAUAACUUAAGCUUAUCUUUGGCCCCGAGCAAAGGCUUAGGAUAGGAUAGCUAAAUAUUUGACUGUGAAAAUUAUAUUUAUUAUAUUGAUCGAGGCAAGGAAAAAUCCAGGUUUUGACAAGAAUCUGCAAGACGGGUUCAGAUCACGCUAAGUUUAACAGCAGAGGACGUGAAGCAAGCAGGCAACCGGGCAGAGAAAGAGAAGAAAUCACAUUUUUUAAUUUACUAUUUACGUUCUAUCAUCUAUCUUUCUAAAAACAACGUUUAGUUUAUGUUAGUUAUAGGCAAUUUCCUAAUGAAUAAUAUUGUGUAUGUGUCAAUUUUUAUGAUAUGAUGACGAUUAAACCAUUUAUCUUAAUAUAA